GAGACGGGGACCUCGCGCCGCCCCAGCGCCCCCGCCCCGCGUGUGAGGCGCCGCGCCCUCCGGCCGCCCUGCCCGGUGCAUGGAGGGGCCCGUUCGGAUCGCAGCCGCCGCCGCCAGCGCGCGGGGGGAUGACCUGCGGGUGGCUCUCGGAGCCGGCUGCCGAGCAGGAGGUCUGGGGGCUUAGCCAGCCCUGCGGAGAGUGAGCUGAGGCCUGGGCUUUCUCUGGAAGUCAUCCCUGCAUACUUCUGUAAUUGGGCGCUAUGCAUCCAGACCUCGGACCUUUAUGGACACUGCUGUAUGUUCUUGUGAUUCUGUUUUCUUCUGUGAGUUCAGACUUGGCACCUUAUUUUAUUUCUGAACCACUCUCUGCGGUCCAGAAGCUUGGUAGACCCGUAGUCCUACAUUGUUCUGCUAAACCAGUUACUGCCCGCAUCUCAUGGUUGCACAAUGGGAAACAAUUGGACAGAAACACGGAACAGAUUAAGAUUCAUCGAGGGACUUUGACAAUUCUGUCUCUUAACCCUUCCCUUUCUGGUUGCUACCGGUGCAUUGCCAACAACAGCAUUGGUGCUAUUGUGAGUGGCCCUGCAACAGUGUCCACUGCAGCUCUUGGUGACUUCGAUCCAUCAACAAUGCAUGUUAUUACUGCAGAAGAGAAGAAUACGGGUUUUGUUGGCUGUAGGGUACCAGAGAGCAACCCCAAAGCCGAGGUGCGCUAUAAGAUCCGGGGAAAGUGGCUGAAGUAUUCCACAGGGAACUACGUAAUCCUCCCCUCGGGAAAUCUUCAGAUUUUGAAUGUGUCCUCGAAGGAUAAGGGAUCAUACAAAUGUGCUGCUUAUAAUCCUGUCACCAGCGAAUUGAAGGUUGAACCCAUUGGCCGGAAGCUCCUUGUGAGUCGCCCUUCCUCAGCAGACGGUUUUCACAUUCUUCACCCUGCUCUUUCUCAGGCAUUGUCUGUCCUCCCGCACAGCCCUGUUACCUUGGAGUGUGUGGUGAGUGGGGUCCCGGCCUCACAGGUGUAUUGGCUGAAGGAUGGACAGGAUGCUGUGUCAGGAAGCAACUGGAGGAGGCUUUACUCUCAUCUUGCCACGGCUAGCAUUGACCCAGCAGACUCGGGAAACUAUUCGUGUGUGGUGGGCAACAAGUCUGGAGAUGUUAAACACGUCACUUACAUGGUCAAUGUUCUGGAGCAUGCUUCAAUUUCUAAAGGACUACAGGAUCAGAAAGUGUCUCUGGGGGCCACUGUGCAUUUUACCUGUGAUGUUCACGGGAACCCAGCCCCCAACCGCACCUGGUUUCAUAACGCACAGCCUAUUCGCCCCUCCCCACGGCACCUAGCUGAAGGAAACGGACUGAAGAUCACCAGGGUUACCAUGGAAGACUCUGGGCUGUAUCAGUGUGUAGCAGACAAUGGGAUUGGAUUCAUGCAGUCUACUGGAAGACUUCAAAUUGAACAAGACAGUGGACUAAAGCCUGUUAUAGUCACGGCACCGGCAAACGUAGAGGUGACGGACGGAGACUUUGUGACCUUGUCUUGCAAUGCCACUGGAGUGCCUGUCCCAGUCAUUCAUUGGUAUGGCCGCCAUGGAUUGAUUACCAGCCAUCCAUCUCAGGUCCUUAGGUCCAAGUCCCGAAAGUCCCACCUGCUCCGACACAGGGACCCGAACCUGGAGCCUGUCUACUUCAUCAUGUCCCGAGCUGGCUCAAGCUCUCUGUCUAUUCAGGCAGUUACUCAGGAACAUGCUGGGAAAUACACCUGCGAAGCCACUAACGAACACGGCGCCACACGGUCCGAAGCAUUCCUCACAGUCGUUCCUUUUGAAACAAAUACCAAAGCAGAGUCGGUCACACCUUCUGAAGCGACUCAGAACGAUGAACGAGACCCAGGAGAUGCUCCAGAGUCUAGCUUGCUGCCCUUGUUUCCAGUGAAGGUGCAUUCUAGUGGAGUGGAACUGCCAGCAGAGAACAACGCCUCCGUCCCCGAUGCUCCUAACAUCCUGAGCCCCCCACAGACCCACAUGCCAGACACCUACAACCUGGUGUGGAGGGCAGGGAGGGAUGGCGGACUGCCCAUCAAUGCCUAUUUUGUGAAGUACCGAAAGCUGGAUGACGGCACUGGUGCAGUGGGCAACUGGCACACAGUUCGUGUCCCAGGGAGUGAAAACGAGCUGCAUCUAACUGAACUGGAGCCAUCGAGUCUGUAUGAAGUUUUAAUGGUGGCCAGAAGUGCAGCUGGUGAAGGCCAGCCUGCCAUGCUUACCUUCCGGACCAGCAAAGAAAAAAUGACAUCGUCAAAAAACACCCAGGCAUCCUUUCUACCUGUGGGCAUCCCUAAACGUCCUGUUAUUUCAGAGGCUUCCAACAGCAAUUUCGGAGUUGUGCUUACGGAUUCCUCUAGGCAUAGCGGAGUCCCAGAGGCGCCGGAUCGGCCUACUAUCUCUACAGCGUCAGAGACCUCCGUCUAUGUCACUUGGAUUCCCCGGGCAAAUGGUGGCUCACCCAUCACAGCCUUCAAGGUGGAGUAUAAACGAAUGAGGACUAGUGAUUGGCUGGUGGCCGCCGAAGAUAUCCCUCCUUCCAAACUUUCUGUCGAAGUUCGUAGUUUAGAACCAGGUUCAACGUACAAAUUUCGAGUCAUUGCUAUCAACCAUUAUGGUGAGAGUUUCCGGAGCUCUGCAUCCCGUCCUUACCAGGUGGCUGGCUUCCCAAAUCGCUUUUCCAACCGCCCAAUAACCGGACCUCACAUUGCAUACACAGAGGCUGUCAGCGAUACUCAGAUUGUGCUCAAGUGGACGUAUAUUCCAUCAAGUAAUAAUAACACUCCCAUCCAAGGAUUUUAUAUCUAUUAUCGGCCGACAGACAGUGACAAUGACAGCGAUUACAAGAGGGAUGUUGUUGAAGGUUCAAAGCAGUGGCACACGAUUGGUCACCUGCAGCCAGAAACCUCCUAUGACAUUAAGAUGCAGUGCUUUAAUGAAGGCGGGGAGAGCGAGUUCAGCAACGUGAUGAUUUGCGAGACCAAAGUAAAACGUGUUCCUGGAGCUUCAGAGUAUCCCGUGAGAGACUUGAGCACCCCUCCCAGUUCUUCGGGAAAUGGAGGGCAUGUGGGGCCUGCGACCAGCCCUGCCAGGAGCAGUGAUAUGUUGUACCUCAUCGUUGGCUGUGUGCUUGGUGUUAUGGUCCUCAUUCUUAUGGUUUUCAUUGCGCUGUGUUUGUGGAAGAGUCGCCAGCAAAGUGCCAUACAGAAAUACGAUCCUCCAGGAUACCUCUAUCAAGGGUCAGAGAUUAACGGGCAGAUGGUAGAGUAUGCCACGCUCUCAGGAGCAGCCCGGAUCAAUGGGAGUGUUCACGGAGGCUUCCUCAGCAAUGGCUGUUCUCAUCCCCACCAUAAAGGCCCCGGUGGAGUCAAUGGGAUCCUGAAUGGAAGCAUCAACAGAGGGCUUGAUUCUGCACACACAAACUCGCUAGCCAGGACACGGGUCGAGUUUGAGCAUUCCCACCAUCUAUUGAAUGGUGGAGGAGUGUACACAGCAGUGCCUCAGAUUGACCCACUGGAAUGCAUUAACUGUCGGAAUUGCCGGAACAACAAUAGGUGUUUCACCAAAACCAGCGCUCCCCUUCCUGUGGUCCCAGUGGUAGCGCCUUAUCCUCAGGACGGUCUGGAAAUGAAGCCCCUCAGUGCCGUGAAGGUACCCAUGUGUCCAGCUUCCACAGUUCCUGACUGUGGCCAGUUACCUGAGGAGAGCAUCAAGGACAGUGUGGCACCAGCACCUACCCAGCACACCUGCUGUCAGGACACGCUCAGUGACAUCAAUUCUCAUUCCACAGAAGAUACAGCCGAGUUCAGCAGAGGAGAUAGCAAUGGCCCUUCAGACGCAGAGGACAGAGCUUUAAGUUGGGAUCCUCUUAUCUUGUCAGCUGUCGUGGAGGACUGCACGGAGAAGACAACAUGGUCUCCUGGCCUUCCUCUAGAGGGGCUGCCAGUGGUCCUUCGGCAAACCCAGGAGACCUGAGAAAGUACACAGGCCUCCUCAUGUUCCCACUGUAAGCCAGUGACUGUACAGCACAGGCUGGGGACAAACUGUGUGAAGGACAUUAAUUCAAACCAGAGAAAACCGUUAUUUAUUUUUGUAGUAGUAAUGUCAUGAAUGUAUCUUAAAAAUGUGUGCCCUUUUAUAUUAUUUAUGUCUUAAGUAUGCCCUUUUCAUUUCUUCUUCCCCUUCAAUGGGACCCCCACACUACCAUCUAUAGUUUCAGUAAUUGGGAGAGCAUAGGGAUCAUUCUGUUUUCCAGAACCUUCAAUGGCAGUAGGAACUUGUGCUGGGUCCCGUCUUCUGGCCUAUUCAGUUGUGGGGAGGAGGAUUGCCCAAGCCAUUUGAAGUUUGCCAUUGUCACCCCCAGAUAGAAAACUGUCACUUAUCCCAUGUUACCAGACUUUCAGAGAACUUUUUUUUUUUUUUUUUU